UGCGCCACUAGUCCAUGUCAUCGACGCGAGGAAGAUAAUAAUGUGGCUGUUGAAGAAUUCAAGCGUGAAUUAUGGGCUCGAAAAGAAUUCCUCUGCUAUGCACGACCAUCCAAACAAUCCACUCCAAUUGCAUUACCUCCGGACAUCUUGGACUACUCAGCCGAAUCGUACGCGUCGCUGACCGAAACACAGAGUUCUUCACUGUCCGACCCGGUCGAACAAGUGGACAACAAUGACGAGGUCAGUGAGGAAGCGGAAGAUGCGGAUUUACUGGAUGACGGUUUGACCGAUGAGACAACGACAACAUUUGCCGCAACAACAAAAACAACAACAGCAUCAGUCGGAAUCCAAUCAAACAAGCAAAUUCAAAGUCGGUCCAGGGACAAGAAACUUCUCCUGGCCUCGUUGUUCAGUCCUCUGUCACGUGAUCCACAAGAUGCGGCCGCCAUACUUCAUCGACUCUAUUCAAGUGCCAUGUUUUGGCACAGUCUUUGUUGGCCUGGUGGAAUAUUUUUCGGCUCCCUAUUAUUACUUCUUUUCACCUAUCUUGCCGACGGUUGUGAGGCUUGGGCCAGUGACAAAACAGUGAUCGCCUAA